GCUAGAAGCUUCAUCCCCACAGCUCUUAGUCUAUAAAGCCCCCUUGACCCUCUCCCUCAUCUUCAGACUUCACCUUCAUCUUCUUCAUCACCAGAGACCUCCCAUAGCUAGCUAGAUACCUUUGAGAUCAGAUGGUCAUGUCUGCUCUCAGAUCAUCAUCAUCAGCAGCAGCAGCAGCAGCUCGCAGAAGCAGCCACAAAGCCUGCCACUGGCACAUCUUGCUGGGGCUGUUGCUGCUGGUGCUGCCGCAAGGCGAGGCCUAUCAGUUCAAGGUUGGGGGUGCCAAAGGCUGGGCCGUGCCCUCUGAUAAUGGCACCAUUUACCAACAAUGGGCAGAAAACAACCGCUUUCAAAUUGGGGACAGUCUGCUGUUCGUGUACCGGGCGGACGAAGACUCGGUGCUUCAUGUGAGCAAGGAGGACUACAGCAGCUGCAGGACGGAAGCCCCCAUUGCCAAAUUCUCAGACGGCCACACCGUCUUCACAGUGGAUCACUCGGGGCCUUUCUACUUCAUCAGUGGCAUGGGAGACCACUGCCACAAGAACCAGAAGCUGGUGGUUGUGGUCUUGGCGGACAGAAGCAACCGAUCCGCAGCCGGCUCCAACCGAACAACCGCCGCGUCGCCAUCUCCGGCGCCUUCGGGAUCAUCUGUCAUGGCUCCGGCACCUGUGCCGGAGAGCGAAUACCCGUCGCCUCCGACGGGACCGGUGGAGAUAAUCCCAUCUCCGGCGCCCACUGAGCAGACCCCUCCAAAUGCUGCGUCUCCCAUUGGCAUCAGCUUCGUUGGUUCCAUUGUUGGAGCUCUUCUUCUGGGUUCGUGGGUUUUGGUUUUCUGAUCCAUAUGGUUAAUUGAUGAUUUGGUUUAAGAGUCGGUCGGAUGGAUUGAUUGAUUGAUUGAUUGAUUUCUCUUUGGGUUUUUCUGACUUUGAUCUCCACCAUACGCGUGAUCGUGUAUUAAUUAUUCAUGGUGGAAUAUAUAUAUAUAUAUAUAUAUGGUAUACAUAUAAUGUUUGAUAUUUAUUUGUUUACAAAUAAAGUAAAUAAUUGGUGUUAUGUAUAGAAAUAAAG